AGCCUGAUGCUGAUAAAUUUGGUGAAACCUUUGAUACUGAAGAAGGAAAUUGUAGAAUUUCAUUAUUUAUAACUUACUUACAAAUGGAACUUACCUGGAAACCUGACUUCAAUUCAACUAAUCCUAAGAUUGCUCGUAUCAAAGCUAAAACUAAAACUAAAUCUAGAACUAGAGCUAAAGCUAAAGCAAAAAAUCAAAUAUCAGUACCAAAAAAUCAAAUAUCUAUAGAU